CACGUAUACAUUUGACAAGACAGAGUCCAACGGCGCGCCGCAUGGUGACAUCGUCGUCAUCGCCUUACUUUGAACAGCCUACCCAUUCCAAUUAUUCACCGCCCAGUGGACCCACCUUCCACGUUGCAGUUUACAGGAGAGGUCUCCAUGGCAACCACCUCACGACGCGUAGCCCGCGACAUGCCAAGAGCUGGCCUAACAUGCUACCCUACCAAGAGCCUUUUGACCAACCAAGCAAAAAGAAACCUGCACUCAGGCGAUGAGGGACUU